AUGAAAGGCCACGCGCGCGGCGCGCGCCUGCGGCAUCCGCACCAGCGGCGCACGCACCUCAUAUUGGUCGCGCUCGCCUGCGUCAUCGUCGUCCUUAGCGCGUGGCUGAUCGUCGUGCUCACGCUCUACUCGGCCCUCGGCGACGCCGCGUUCCGGCGGCAUCCGGCGUUGCUGCCGGCGCACCCCUUCGCGAGCUACUUCGCGACGACGGCGUCGCUCGCCGUCGCGCGCGCCAAGGCCAUCGCCGCGAACCCGAAGGACUCGCACGCGCUCGACGUCGCGUCCGUCCCCCACGACGUCGGCGGCCGCACGGCCGUCGUCGUCGACGGCGCCAUCCCGGAGUCCGAGCGGAAGCGCAUCGCCGACACCUACAUCAAACUCACGGGCCGCGCGGCGACGGACGGCUGGCACCGCGAGAAGGCGUCGGACGCGUCUUUGGAACACAACGCGAUGGCGAAGAACAUGCCCUUCGACGAGUGCGACGGCGCCCCCCUCGACGCCAUCCGCGCCUUGCUCCCCCACUUCUACGACCAGUGCAGCCCCGCGCGGCCGUCGUGGGUCACGCGGUGCACGAUCUACGCGCAAAGCUUCGCGGACGUCGACGAGGCGCACGAGGACCGGUCCCACGACGGCGACGCCUUCUCCGUGACGGCGAUCUGGUACCCGCACGAGCGCUGGCACCCGCACUGGGGCGGCGAGACCGUGUUCCUGUCGUCGUCGGCCGGCGGCGCGGACGCGGAGCUCGUACUCCCGGUCCUGCCGAAGCCCGGGCGGUUGCUCCUCUUCGACAGCGAGAUCUCCCACAUGGCCCAGCCGCCCACGGUCAUCGCCGAGCCCUUCGCGCCGCCGAUGACCUCGAAGCUCCAGCUCGCGUCGACGCGGACCACGGGCAACCGCUUCAGCUUCGUCUUCCGGACGCUCUGCGGCCGUCGGUCGAGCCGCCAGCUCGUCGCGGACCACGACCGCGACGACGACGGCAAGCUGAGCCACGGCGAGGCCGUCAAGCUCUUCUCGUCGUUGGACAUGGGCGCGCCGGAGAUGGCGUACCGCAAGCUCGCGGCCGCCGCGCGGCGGCGCCAGGGCGCGGCCGCGGCCGCCGCGGUCCUCGCGGAGCCCGCGGACCUCGACGCGUUCUUCGGCGUCGCCGACGAGCCCCGGCUCCGCGCGAGCUUGAGGGGGGCGGGGACGUACAAGAGCUCCAUGACGCUUCGGACUGCCGCGGUCCUCGCGGCCGCGCUGAGCGCGGCGCUCGGCGGCGUGCCGCCGGGCUGCGAGCCCGACGCGCCGUCGACGACGGCCAACGGCAACGUGACCAUCGUGACGCAGUCGACGCUGGACCGCCUCUGGAACGUGGGCCACAUUUGCGAGCGCUGGAAGGGGCCCCUGAGCCUGGGCAUGAUGGUGAAGCACGAGGACCCGAGCGCCGUCAAGCGGGACGCGAAGCGCAUCAUGGCCGCCUGCCCGGAGGUCCGCGUGUCCGUCGUCGUGAGCAAGCCCGAGGACAAGUACCCCGUGAACCGGCUGCGGAACCUGGCCUGGUCCAAGGCGACGACGCCCUGGAUCUUCCUGCUGGACGCCGACUUCUGGCCCGGGGCCUACGCGCGGUUCUUCCUCGAGCAGGCCAUCGCCCGGUCGUCCUUCGGGCCGCGGACGGCUUUGGUCGUCCCCGCGUUCGCGUUCCAGCCCCACGAGUUCCUGCCCGGCCACGCGGACGAGGAGCACGCCGAGCUCGCGCGGCGCAUCCCGCUGACGAAGCGGGGCCUCGUGCGCUGCCUCGCCAACGGCACGGCGGUCGGGCUGCCGCCGCCGCCGCGGUGGACGCCGCCGACGCUCCACCUCUGGGAGGGCGACGCCGUCGACGGGGGCCCCCGCCGCGCGCUCGCGGCGGGCGAGGCCGACGCGCGCCGCGCGCUCAAGCACGUCGAGAAGUUCGUCGUCGGCAAGUGCCGCCCCGGCCGCGGCUGCACGAAGACCGCGAAGCAGCCCGCCUUGGUCACGGACGCGGACCGGAAGAAGAUCGCGCGCGGCGACGUCGUGCCCGCGCCGGCGGCCCCGCACCGGAAGCGCCGCGGGCCGGCGUCGCGGCUCCACGGCCACUGCGAGCCCUUCCACCACCACGGCUCGACGCGCUUCGACGCGUGGCUCGCGUCGGGCGACGCCGCGAGCGACGGGCCCGCCAAGCCGGCGAUGGCGCUGCCCUGCUUCCUCAGCAACCACUUCGAGCCCUUCGUGGCCGUGCCGCGCUGCCUCGAGACGAGCCGCGUGCCGGGCGAGACGAGCCACGUGCCGCGCUUCGACGAGCGCUACGAGGGCUACGGCAAGAACAAGAUCGAGUGGAUCGCGUCGCUGCGCGGCGCGAACUACUCGUUCCGCGUCGCGCCGGACGCGUUCACGGUCCACGUGCCCCACGCGGCGUCGUCGGCGAACCAGGCCUGGGUCCACGGCAGCGAGCACGUCGUCGAGGACAACGGCAAGCACGUCUCGGCCGCGCGGGGGCACAUGGACGCCCUCUUCGCGGAGCACCUGGCCGUGCUGGGCCUCUACGACGACUCGGGCGCGCCCGUGGACGACCCGGCGGCCGUCGUCGAGGGCGACCUCGCGACGCCCCUCUGCGGCGCCGUGGCCGACACCCUCAACAAGAUCGAGACCCACAGCCUCGCGCCGGCGGCGCGCGCGUGGCUCCGGGGCGCCGAGCCCUACCCGCCGGGCAAGGUCGGGACCCCGCCCUGGCGCUGGGCCCAGGUCGACGCCCGCCUCGCGCUGCCCUUCGCCGAGCGCAUCGCCGCGCACGUCCAGGGCGGGCACCGCACGCACGCGCGCCACGUCGGUCUGCACGUGCAGACCGACCCAAGCAUGACGGAGCUGCCGACGGUGUCGCCUUUACGCCGCGACGCCGAGGACGUCGAGGACGCCGAGGUCGCCGAGGACGUCGAGCCGCCGGCGUCGAGCGUGCGCUUCGGCGCGGCGCCGCGGCGGGGCACGGCCGCGUCGGCGCGACCCACGUCCUUCAGCGAGCGGCCGACGAGCCUCUUCGCGGACCCCGAGGCCGCGCGCGGCGGCGCCUGCGGCCGGCUCGCGUCGCUCGGCCGCCGCUGCGCCUGGGCCGCGCGACGGUACGCGGAACGGAACGCGAUCCAGCUCCGGUCCGCGGUCCGCGACUUCUGCACGCGCUUCGCGAAGCACAUCACGUCCUGCGCGGUCUGCGUCGUCGUGCUCGCCGCCUACCGCGCCGACGCCCAGGAGCUCGCGGUCCUCGUGUCCGCGCCCGCGGACGUCGUCAUGAAUCUGUGGCUCUGGCAGUUCUUCUUCCCCAAGGAGCGCAUCGCGAGCCCCGGCGUCGUCGCCGGCGCCGCGGGGACGGUCGCGGCGAUCACGGCGCUCAAGCUCGUCGCGGAGUACGAGCGGACGCCCGCGGCGGUGAACGCGUACGCGUUCUGCUACUACGGCCUGCUCUUCGGCUUCUUCCCGAUUACCGCGGGCCGCGAGCGGCGGCGGCGCCUCGGCAACGUCGCGACGAAGGCCGACGCUGGGGCCGCGGUCGUGCUCGUGUGCCUCAUCGCGCUCCACCUCUGCCACCUCCAGGUGCAGCUCGGCACGUUCGAGGAGCCGCGGUGCGGCGCGCCGGGCUGGAUCGGCGGCUGCGUCGGCGCCGCGGCGGUCGUGCUGGGCUGCGGCGUCGUCGUCGCGGCCUGCGCGGGCGCGGGCAGCGCGACGCCCGGCUACGGCGUCUCCGCGGCGCAGCUCGCGCUGUGCCUGUGGAUCAACCAGAUCAUGCCGCUGUUCAUGGGCGACCUCCUGCUGUACAACCUCACGACGUCGGACACGAACUUCUGGGUCUUCCUGAGCGUCUACUGGGGCUCGUCGACGAUCUUAUUGCAGGUCGUCAAGCGGUUGGCGGACGUGGCCCUCGGCGGCCACGACGACGAGGACGUGAACGACGUGCUCACGUUUCCCAACAUGUUCGCCUUCGACAUGCGCUUCGCAGCGUUCUUCAACAUCAUCUUCAUCUCCGUCGAGUACCCGCGGCCCUACUUCUUCGGGUUGCUCGCGUGGCAGUUCGUGAACAUCACGUUCCGCGACGGCGACGUCAAGGGCCAGUUCGAGCAGCACUACCUGUGCCGGUCCUGCAAGAAGGGCAAGGAGUUCGAGCGCGAGCUCCGGAGCACGUGGCGCAUGCUCGCGAUCAACAACUGCCUCUCCGAGGUCGUCGCGACGCUCGCGGUCUUCUCGGCCGUCGCGUUCGACGCCAUCGACGUCGGGCGGCCCGUCGUCGCGCCCGACGCGUCCCCCCGCAAGCAUCGCAACAUCCUCACGGGGCUCGCGCUCGUCUUCCUCGUGCUCAAGCUCGCGCACCUCGCCUGCGCGUCGAUCUGGGACCGGCGCAUGCGCGCGCUCUCCGGCGACGUCGAGGGCUCCGUCGCGACGGGCGCCGCCCCGCCCGCGGGCGCCGGCGUCGCCAUGCCCGCGGCCGGCCGGCGGCCGCCGAUGAAGCGCGCCGGCACGCAGCGGCGGAGCCAGGUCGACCGGCGGUCCCUCGCGAGCAUCCAGUCGUCGCUCAACAACCUCUCGACGCACCUCGACUCGCACGCGUCCCGCGCCUACUACCUCCAGAAGCACUACCCCUUCUUCGCCGCGGUGCUCUACUACACGAUCGCGAACGCGCUCAAGGCCACGGUCGCCAUCAACGACCACGAGAGGGGCAGCAUCGCGAGCCCACUUGCAGUGGCUAUGGUAGCGACGUUCGCGCGCAUGGCGCGUUCCAUCGUCGCCUGCCUGCUAGUCUUUUGGGUCGCCGAUGGGUUUCGAUGCGCGGGACCGCUGCGCCAAAACCUCGCGCUGCGCGCCGAGGGCCGCGGGCGCGGCGGCCGCGGCGGCCGCGGCGGCCGCGGCGGCCGCGGGCGCGGCGGCGGCCGCGGCGGCGGGCGCGUCGGGUCGCCGAGCAAGGUGGCCAUCAUGCUCAACCGGCAGAUCGCGCGGCAGGACGGCACGCACGGCCAGAUCCUCGACCUCUUCGAGAUGCGCGGCGGCGACUUUUCCGAGGUCAACUACGCGACGGCCUUAAACUGGCUCGCGAAGAAGCAGCCGCGCGCGGGCUACGUCGCCGACGCGCCGCGCGUCGCGAGCCUCCUGUCGACGACGCGAUUGCGCCUCGAGGCCAACGGCGCCGCCUGGGACGCGCGGGCCAUGGCGAACGCGGCGUGGGGCGCGGCCAAGUUGAGGCGGCCGGCGCGCGGCGAGAACGCGGCGGUGCUCGAGGCGCGGCGGCGGCGCGACGGCCAGGAGCUGGCGAUCCGCGACACGUCGACGGCGUGCCUGCGCGCCAUCGCCAACGGCGCGCGGCACCGCGCGGACGAGUUUAAAGCCCAGGAACUGGCGAACGUCGCCUGGGCGUUCGCGACGGCGAAUCUCGACGAGCCCGAGCUCUUCGCGGCGUUGGCGGCGUCGGCGACGCCGCGGCUGAGCCGCUUCAGCGCCCAGGAGCUGGCGAACACGGCCUGGGCCUUCGCGAAGCGGCUCGGGCCCGCCGUCGGGAGCGCGCCGAAGAACGGCGAGGACGCCGCGUGCCGCUUGGCGCGCGCGAUGUUCGCCGAGCUCUGCGACGAGGCGUGCCUGCGCUUCGGCGGGGGGGCUUACGGGCCCGAUGGAGAACCUCUCGACGGCUUCAAGCCCCAGGAGCUCGCCAACGUCUGCUGGGCCAUGGCGACGGCCGGGUUCGAGGCGACGCCGCGGUUCUGGGACGGCGCCGCGGCGGAAGCCGCGCGGAUCAUGGACGCGCCGGCGACCCAGCCCCAGAACCUGGCCAACAUCUGCUGGGCCUUCGCGAAGAGCGGCUGCGGCUCGCCCGACGCCGUCGACGCGCUCUUCGCGGCCGUCGGCCGGUCGGCCGUGCGAAGGGUCGACGAGUUCAACGCGCAGGAGCUCGGCAACACGGCCUGGGCCUACGCGACGGCGGGGCGGGACCACCCCGCACUGUUCGACGCCAUCGCCGCGUCGGCCAUGCCGCGCGUGGACCGCUUCAUCGCCCAGAACCUCGCGAACACGGUCUGGGCCUACGCGACGGCGGGCCACGCGCGGCCGGACCUCUUCGACGCCGUCGCGCGCGAGGUCGCGCGCCGCGCGGACGAGUUCAAGCCGCAAGAACUCGCGAACACGGCCUGGGCCUACGCGACGGCCCACAAGGCGCUGCCCGGCGACCGGCCGACGAAGCACCGGGUCCUCUUCGACGCCUUGGCGGACUCGGCGGACCACCGGCUCCGCGACUUCAACAACCAGGGCCUGUCGAAUUUAGCAUGGGCCUACGCCUCGGCGGGCGCGUCCGACGGCAACGAGGCCUUGUUCGAGGCGUUGGGCCUGCAGGUGUCGCUGCGCGUCGCGGAGUUCCGGCCCCAGGGGUUGGCGAAUCUGGUCUGGGCGUACGCGACGGCGGAACUGUACUGCCCCGAGGUCUUCGAGGCCGUCGCCGACGAGAUCGCGCGGCCGAGCGGCGGCGCGCGGCGGGCCUUCGAGUUCAACCCCCAGGAGGUGGCGAACACGGUCUGGGCCUUCGCCAAGGCCGCGGUGCCGGCGCCCGGGUUGUACGACGCCUUCGCGGCGGCGAUCCUCAAGCUGGGCGCGAAGCACGGCGGCGACUUGAAGGCCGCGGGCUUCACGCCCCAGGAGCUGGCGAAUUUGGCCUGGGCCUACGCCUGCGCGGACCACGUGGACGGCGAUCUGCUGCUGCUGCUGUGGCGGGCCAUCGUCAAGGAGGCGCGGGAAUCGCCGGACCCCGGCGCGCUCGACGGCUCGCGCUUCAAUUUGGAGGAGCUGCGCCAGCUCCAGCAGGUCGUGCUCCACGCCAAGUACGGCGCGCGGCGCGGCACGACCAUGGGCGGGCUCGUGGCGGAGAUCGCGCGCGCGCCGCCGGCGUUCGUCGGGCUGUUGCGCGCGUCGCUGGCCGACGUCGACGCGUCGCCGUCCGGGCCCAGGUCGAGGUCGCCGAGCGCUUGGAGGGCAUGGGGCUGGACGUGGAGCACGAAUUGGUACUGCCCGACGGGUUGUCCGUGGACGUGGCUCUGCUUGCCUUUGAAGUGGCGCGUCGCCGUCGAAUUCGACGGCCCACGCCACUACUUCCGCAACGCGAAGCGCGUGCCCACGGGCCGCACGCGCUUCAAGAUGCGGCUGUUGCGGGCGUUGGGCUGGCGCGUGCUCCACGUGCCCUACUUCGACUGGGCGAAGCUCGACGACGACGCCGCGCGGACCGAGUACCUCAAGCGCGAAUUGGCCGUCAUCGUCAAGGCCGCCAAGGCCGCGAAGGCGCGGCCACCGCCGGCGACGGCCGAGCCCCGCGACGACCGCGACGAGUUCUCGGCGCUCAAGGUCAGCGAGCUCCGCCAGCUCUGCGACGACCGCGGCCUCGACACGCGCGUCAAGCGCGCCGAGGGCGACGCGCGCACGGUCCUCGCGGCGCGGCUCCGGGGGCUGCGGGAUGGUAAGAGCUAG